GGCAGUGGAGAUGGAGAGAAACACUGUGGGGUCAGCACGCAGGACUCCUUCAGGACCAGAAUGGAACAUGUCGACCUCCACCCUGGCCUUUGACCAGCACUUCACCGCUACUGCCAAGGGAUUACUCCUCAUGGCUGAGAUAGUAUGCGGUAUGUUGGUGUGGAUUCUGGUAGGCGGCACAGAGUACUUUCACCUGUCUUCUCUCUGCUGGGUGAUGUUUGUUUCUGUCUUGUGCUGGGUUCUCACUGUUUGCCUGUUCAUAGUUUACCUCACUGGAGCCCACAACAGGAUACCACAGAUCCCCUGGACUACACUGUUGCUGUGUUUGAACUGCAGUGCUACAGCUCUAUAUCUGGUGACAGCGGUAGUUGAUGGCCUCUCAGUCAAUCAAGCCAUUAGGGGUCGACACAACUACAACUGCUGGGCAGCAUCUGCAUUCUUUGCAUUUCUCACCACACUGUGCUAUACAGGAAGCAGCUACCUGAGCUAUCGUGAAUGGAAAACCACAGAAGAGGAACCGUAGAACAGAAACAUUCUUCAGAUUUUUUCUGAGCGUCUUGUCUGAAAUCUAACUUAAGACCAGAACAAGGCUUCAGUCAAAUUAAAAUUUUAAUUUCUGCAACUCUGAUCGUGAAUACUUUUGUUUUUGUCAUAUUCUUUUGCCCUCAACAAGUUUUUGUUGGACUGAAGCAAAACAGUAGUAAAGUUCAUUGAAGACAACUAAGUUCUGACACAGCUAGGUCCAGGUCCAAAAUGACGGCCCCAUCAUAGCUAAUUAAAAGGUCUAUUUUUAGCUGUUAUUGAGCUUUCAGACAUAACACAUUUAAACUGAUAGAAUUAAGUUUAUGAUUUCCUCUUCCUGAUUCAACCUCAGACUCACAGAGUGUAUGUGUGUGUGUGUGUGUGUCUGUGAUGAUGACACAAGAUGUAGCUAUUUAAGUGCCAGAUUCACAGUGUCAGCUCCAUCCUCUGCUCAGGACUCAAGCUGGUCUCAGGAGAUCCUAACUACAGGUGAGUCUGAACACCUGUGUGACAUGUGCAUGUGACUUGAGUCUUCAAACCCUGUCUCUGUUAGCCAAUUAAAUGCUAACAUCCAUCCAUCCAUCCAUCCAUUUUUUAUUCCACUUGUCCACUUGGUCUGAAGCCUUGCCCUGCUGACAACAAGCGAGAGAUGGGGGUACACCCUGGACUGGUCACAAGUCAGUCACUGGGCCAACACAUACACAAACACACACACUCACAUUCACACCUAGGGUCAAUGUAGAGUUAUUGUCAUAUAUAGUAUAUGACAAUAAAACUGUAUGCUAGGCUUACUGAGGAGUGCCACAGAUUUCUGCUCAUAAUGGUCACAUGACCGUUCUGCAACAGCCAAUCUGAAUUUCUAUGUAACAACAUGAUGAGAUUUACUGUUGCCAUACUGAUGUUCUCUGGUCACCCCCUGUUUAUACAGCUUUGUCUGUGAUACAAUACCCAAACAAUUCCCAUCAAUCUGACUCCCCUACCCUCAUGUGUCAGCUCUGGCUAUGAUAUACACAGCUUUUAUGCCACUGGUUGCGCUUUGAAAGGUCAGCAACAGCCAAGGUCAAAGCUGACAAGCAGUGCGCCACACCAUUGGUAGUGCAUUGGUUAGCUGGGCCAACAUUGGGACAGCCAGCCCAGAGUAAUUUUACAGCUGAUAAUCUGUAACUCUGCAAUAUGAUGCCUAUGUGUAUUUUAUUUUGUUGGUUGUUGUAGCCUUUAAUCCUAAAUUAUAAUCCUAGUUCGCAGGACCAAUAAUCAGUAUACUGCAUACACUGAAACAUGAAACAACUAGAAGAGGACACCACAUGUUUUUUUUUUUUUUUGUUUUUUUUUUUACCUUUUAAUUUGCUGGUUUCACUUAUUUGCUGGACACUAACAUAUCAUUAAAAAAUUGUGUUACAGACAUGCCUACAGUGUGCACUUACUUAUCUUUGUAGUUUCCUGAUUUCUAAGUCCAGUUUCCUCAGUGUCUUUCUUUUGAUCUCAAUAUUUGGGUCUAAGUUCUCCAUGUUUUUUGAGUAUUUGAUAUAUUCACCUUUGUCAGCUCUAUUUGUUUAAAUCUGUGCUGUACAGACACCUGACAGUUUGUUUAAAACACAUACCAUUAACAAAGCACAACUUGUGAUGAUUUCCACCUCUCACCUACAUGGCUGUAAUAGGCCUACAUAUUAUAACUUUGUGGAUUAGUGGUAUUGAUCUUCGUGAGAAAUUUCUUGAGUAACAUGAAAUUUUGUUACUUUGUGAAAAUGACAAUUUAUUGUAUGGGCUAAUUAUGACCGCUGCGGUUGAAGCAGAAUAAAUUGUAUACAGUCAC